UCGGCGGGAAUGAGGUGUGAGAGAACAAAGAUCCAUCUCUGCAGUCGGCGUUUACAAACGGAGCGCGACCCUCCGAUCCGGCCACCGUCCUUUCGCAAUCCCGGCCAUGGGAGAAACUUUUCUACGCUGCCCGCUGCGCACUCCGUGCGGUCGGGUUUUGGUGUCGUUACCGCCCGGCGGCGAAUUCCUGCUGGGUACUCCGGAGUUCGUAAACAGGACAAGCGACCAGGGAUUCUGCAUUCCCAUCCAGGAGGUGGUUGCUGUGAGACUUGGAACAGCCAGUAGCAGAAAGGAGAUUUUGGAAUCUACUAGGGAUGAAAACUCUUUCACAGUUUUUUUUAUACAGCGGGAAAAAGGAGAGUGUUGGAACCUUGGGGAGCUGGAGUUCACUGCCCCAUCCACAUCUGAUCUAGCAACACGCUGGGUCAGCGCCCUUCAGACCUGGAUUCAUUAUCAUGGUGUUACACGGCCCAAGAGUCUACUUGUCUUCAUCAAUCCAGUGGGGGGACGUAAGCAAGCAAUGGAGAUCUAUCAAAGUCAAGUGGCUCCACUGUUCGCCCUGGCUGGGAUCCAUGCUCAAGUUGUGGAGACUUGCCAUGCAAAUGAGGCUCGUGACUACAUCCUACAGCAAGAUCUCUGUGGCUUCGAUGGGCUGGUAAGUGUGGGAGGCGACGGCACAUUCAAUGAAGUGAUGCACGCCUUAAUCAACCGAACCCAGCAGAAGGCAGGGAAGCUCAAAGGGGACGUUGAUGUGGAGCUUCUGUCCCCAAGACUUCGCAUUGGCAUCAUUCCUGCAGGUUCUACAGAUUGUGUCUGCUUUGCAACUGUGGGAACAAAUGACCCCGUCACCUCUGCUCUGCACAUCAUUAUAGGGGAUAGCCAGCCUCUGGAUGUCUGCAGCAUUUGGCAUGAUGGGAUGCUUUUACGCUACUCCGUCUCCCUGACUGGUUAUGGUUUCUACGGCGAUGUAGUAAGCAUCAGUGAGAAGCAUCGUUGGAUGGGGCCAGCGCGUUACACCUUUGCAGGAGCCAAAGCCGUGCUAAACAACCGCAGCUAUGAAGGCACUGUGGAAUUCCAAUUGGCAGAGUCAGAGGACACCAAUCCGCGGGAUCAGUCACGCUGCCGAUCAGGCUGCAUGGUCUGUUCUGAGUCUAGCAAAAACCUUCUGAGUGGAAGCAAGGAAGAACACUUAUCAGAAUUCACAAAGCAGGCAGGUGGUGAAUGGCACCGGGUUCAUGGUAGCUUCCUGGCAGUCAACCUGACCUGCAUGAGCAGUGCCUGUCCUAAGAGCCCCAAGGGUCUCUCACCUUGUGCCCACCUGGCCGAUGGAACUGCCGACCUUAUCUUGGUGCACAAAUGCUCGGUCUUCUCCUUCCUGCAGCAUUUGAAUCGGCACACCAACUGCUCAGACCAGUUUGACCUGCCCUUUGUGAGUGUGUACCGGGUUCGAGCUGUUCGCUUCACCUCCCCCAAAGGGGAAGACUGGGAGGGAAGACAAGAAGCUGCACAAGAACAGAACAUACUCUGUGGGGGAAUAUGCCAAGGACAGCCUCUGGUCAGCUGCUGGACCUGCGAUGGAGAGACUUUGAACUACACUGAUAUCACCAUUCGAGUACACGGGAGUCUCAUCCAUCUCUUUGCUCGUGGAAUUGAACAGCAACCAAGCACGUCCUAGACGUUUUCUGCCAGCUGAAAGGCAACCUGAUGAAAGGCAAAGCUCCUGCUGAGAAUUUCAGACCACAGCCUCAAGAGAGUCGCUUCCUAAUAUAUGUAUUAAUUAGGAAUGGAAUCCAAGAGGUUCAAGGGUAGAAGCUGAGCCUGAGAAAUUUCAGCUCCAGUUAUCAGAGAUAGCUUCCUCCAUAAGGAGGUUGUGCUUCAGCUCUUAUCUGACUGAGGCUGCUGCCUUGCCCUGGUUAGGAAAAGCAGAGGCAUGGAUGCUAGGUUGGCUAUACAGGUACAAGGCCCCCUGCUCCCAUAUUUUAUUUAUAGCCUUCAGGCCAGCCGUAAUUGUGCAAUACUAAGAUUCAGUUGCCCAGACAGGUGAAGAUUAAGCAGAGCUAGCUCGUGGUUACAAGUGGACUUAAGACGCCUCAAACAUGUAUUCAAGAGACACAAGAUGGUGGAGUUUUUGUAGUAACUUCCAUUUCCAGAACAGCAUCAUGUACAAAAUCCAAAGGAAUGUAAGAAGUAGUUCCAAGUAAAAGCAAUUGAUAAAGCAGAAUACAUAGAUGAGGAAGGAGUACGGAGUGUGAGACCAAAAAAAAACCCUCUGCAGCUUUCUCAUGCCAUCAGAAGCUUUCCCAGCAUAACAGCAGAAACUGGAAUGGGAUAGAGAGAGAGAGUGCACACGAGGGCCACCAAGAGGUCAGCGGCAGAAGAUGCUGUUCGUGCUGAAGAUAUCCCACUGCAGCUGGAGAAGUGCACGAAUGUCUAAGCCCAACAAGCUGCCCUCUCAGACAAGAUGGGCACGUCACUGCCAAGCCUGGCCUGGCUCAGUUUCUCUGGAGAGAUGUAGAGACGAGCUGCGGGUGCCAUUCCAAGAGGCAGAGGCUGACAGGAUUCAGAGCUUGUGAGGAUUGACCCACCGGUAGGUGCCUUCGUACUGAAAUCCCACUCUCUUCAUCAAUUCAUCAGCCUCGGUAGGGCCACGGCUAGAAGAUUAAAAAAAAAAAGCAACCUAUUAAUAUUUCCAGAAACACGGCUAUGAGCAAGCCUCACUCAUGGACUUCAACAAAUGACUGUUUUGUACUGCUGUUCUUCUCACCUCCUGAGCAGAAAAAUAGUAAUGGUUUCUUUAAUGAUCCAGAAA